GUUCCUCAAGGUUCUAUAUAGAACCCUGGGGUUCCGUACUUGGCCAAUAGAACCUUUUACCAAAAAAAAUGGUUCUAUGUAGAACCCUUGCAUGCAAAGAACCUUUUUUUUUAUUAAAAUGGUUCUAUAAUUCAUGUUUUAUGACUGAAGUUUAAACUAAAGAUUACACUAUAAUUAUAGGCCUUACUCAACACAUUCACAAAGCUUUUUGAGUCAAGACCCAUGAGAAUGACUGCUGUAGCUAUUCAAAAAUAUUAAUAUCUAGUCAGUGUAUGAUUUGAGCUGUACAUUAGCAUGAAACUUAUAUUACUUUACAUUAUAGUUUACCUUUUUUAAGAAAUAAAUUUGUGAAGAAAAACAUAAACUAACCAGGAGUUGUCUUUAUUUUGUAUACCAUAUUGUGAUAUGUACGAAGGGAACAUUAAAAACAAAUAAUCAUAAAAAGACCCCCUCCCCCUCCCCGGUAUGCGUUGCAUCAUCCUUGAAUUCCUAUUGGUGGAUUGGCGAAGAUGAAUCUCGAGAGGAGUCGAGACAAGUGACAGUUAAUUUUUCAAACUGAGGAGUCCGCCAUUUCUGCUCGUUCAUACACUAAGAUAACCAUGGUUGAUAAAUGGUCAGUAGAUGACACGUGCCACUGGCUUCAAACUAUAAACCUCAUUGAUGCUAAAGAAAGUUUCAGAGGUAACGUUACAGAUGAAAAUUUAUAAAUGUUCAUUUUGUGAUGUUGUGAAGUUUCAACUCACAAAGUUUCUAACUCACCUGCAAGUGCAACAUAACCACCAAGCAGAUUUUAGUGUUACCUGUGACAUUGAGGGAUGUUUUAGAAGAUAUAAAACUGUUGCAAGUUACAGAAACCAUAUCUAUCGAAAGCACAGACAAGCUUUGCAACAUCCCCUAUUUGAAAAGGCUACUGUAUUUGAAGACAAUAAUGAAAGUGAGGAGGAGGUUCCUGAAGAUGAUCUGCUAGAGAACAACCAAAAUUCUUUGCUUGGAAUUGAUUUAGAAACUGUGUUAUUGGGACUGAGACAGCAUGUAGCCCUCUUUAUAUUAAAUCUUCAAGAAAAACAUUUACUUCCUAAAGCAACUCAGGAUACCAUUGUUUCCAGCUUGGAGUUCAUCUUGAAAUUUUUCCAACAAAAUUAUUUUGAAAUCAUAAAAUUCCACUUGACAAAAUCUGGAUUUAGACUAGAGGACCAGGAAGACUUGGAUAACUUGCUAAAUAAUCAGACACUUAUUGAAAGUGUGUUUUCCUAUAUUCAGUCAGAUUAUCAACUUUUCAAAUAUUGCAAAGAACAUCUACACUUAGUGGAGCCAGUCAAGCACAUUCUUGGAACCAAUAGCCAGGGAAAGGAGGACACAUUUCAGUAUGUGCCUAUCAUUGAUGUUCUGAAGACUCAGUUGGAGAAACCUGACAUAUUUGAAUCAUAUCGAAGAACCUGUGAACAAGCCCCAAGUACAGAUUUUUUAAGUAGUUACACAGAUGGAGAAUUAUUCCGUGAGAGCCCCUUUUUUGGAGAUCCUAAUAUUGUAAGAUUACAUCUGUACACUGAUGAAUAUGAAGUGGUAAACCCCUUGGGGUCUAAAAGAUCGGUUCACAAAUUAGCAGCUUUCUAUUUUAUGAUUGGCAAUCUUGAAUCUAACUGCAAAUCACAAUUGAGGCAUAUACAUUUGUGCUUACUUGUAAGAAAUCAAUUUCUAAAGAAGUACUCAUACAGAGAUAUCUUGCUGCCCCUGAUUAAUGACCUGAAACUGUUGUACACUCAAGGACUCCAGGUCAGUGUAAAUGGUCAGAACAUCAUUUUGAAAUGCGCCCUUGCCACUAUUUCAGCUGACAACUUGUCUGCUCACAGCCUGGCAGGUUUCACCUGCUGCUUUAGCAGUGGACGGAUCUGUCGCUUUUGUAUGAUCAACUACAAAGACCUAAGGUCUCACGUUAAUGAAGAUGAUGUAAUAAUUCGAUCUUCUCAGGUACAUCAGUACCAUCUGCAAGCACUCAGGGAAAGUAGUGGAAUAUCCAAACAGACAUAUGGUGUGGUCAGUGAGUGCCCUUUCGCUGAGCUGGACUACUUUGAUGUGACAAAAAACUUUCCCCCUGACUUAAUGCACGAUUUUCUUGAGGGUGUGGUGCCUCUUGUGGUUACCAGAGUUAUCCAGGCAUUACAUUUUUUGCACAUUGUCUCAUUAAAUCAGAUAAAUGCUGAAUUGGAUGCAUUUAAGAUAGGGAGAAAUGAACGGGCUAACCUCCCUCAGAAACUUCCAGAUUCUGUCCUAAAGAAAAACACACUAUCAGGGUCUGCAGCUCAGGUCUGGUGCCUCUUCAGGAUUUUGCCAUUUCUCAUUGGACAUUACAUUCCAGAAGGUGAGGUGCACUGGGACAUUUACCUGAAGUGUAGGGAUAUAGGAGAUGUGAUUUUGUCACCCACCAUACAAAAGAAAAUCAUCCCUUUUCUAAGCCUUCAGAUAGGCGAAUUCCUGUCCUCCUUCCAGUCUGUAUUCCCAGAGACUUUCACUCCAAAACUACACUUUCUCAUUCAUUAUCCACAACUGAUAUUGAAGUUUGGGCCGCUGCGCAGAAACACUACGUGA